UAACUACUUUUGAUUGCAAUUAUUACCAUCCAUUCAUCUUCCUCCAAUCGUUUAUCCAAAUCUUUUUCAGACAUAAUAUAUUUUACGGAAUAACUUAAUAGAAAAUUUAAAAAUAUGGCGGGCGCUGGCGAUAGAGAAACACCAAAAAUUGUAGGAAUUUACAAACAUUCAAGAAAUGAGAAUUUGGAUGAAUAUUUUAAAGCGGUUGGAGUUCCAUAUCUUCCACGAAAGAUGAUGUUAAUGUCAAGUCCAACAUUAGAAAUUUCGUAUUCAAGCAAUGAUAAAAAAUGGACCAUUAAAACUUGUACUUUGAUUCGUACCGUUGAGUUGAACUUUACCGAAGGUGAAGAAUAUGAGGAACAUAUGCCAAGUGGUGUUACUUUGAAGAAUGUAACCACUUUGGAAGAUGGAAAAUUAGUAACAAAAUCGGUUGGACCGAAUGAUACAAAUGUUACACGAACUUAUGAAUGCACUGAAAAUGAAUGUAUUCUCACUAUGGAACAUGAAAAAUCGGCAGUUGUUGGUAAACGAUUCUUCACUAGAACCAUUAACAAUUAAUGUGUUCCUGAAAUAAUUGAAAUAAUACCAUUUAAAAAAAAAAUGCUAAUUCCAUAAGUAUGUUAAUAAAAAAAAAAACUGGUGUAUUGGUAAAUUUUUAGUAGGGUAACUAUAAAUGUCGUUACGUUACACUUCUAUCUCCAUGGAUGGAUACACAUUUAUUGCAUGUCCUCGUGAUUGUUGUACAAAACGUAAUAUUAUAUAAACGACACCAAAAUUUUAUGGUGGAUCUUCUAUUUUUUCAAAUCAUUCUAGCUGAAUUAUUUCUGUAUCCUCAAAUAUCCCGCAUAAUUUGGUGUUUUUUUAAUGUCUUUCAUUUGUUGUUUAAAAAUCAAAAUGGAGCUGUGAUAGCAAUUCAUACACAUCAGAAUUUUAUACUCUUUGAACGUAUUCCAAAAUUUUGUAAAUAAAGCGCACUUUUAUGUGUAUGAUGAGUGUAUUGUUGAUGUCAGCACAACAGCGCUAUCUAUAAAUUGUAAUUCAUAAUGUAGGAUCACGACUAUGUAAAUACUAGACAGGAAUUUUCCUGAAAAUUCUAUUUGGUACGCUAUUUUCGUUAUUUCAAUUAAACUUUUACCACUUAAAACAGAAACCAUGAAUCGCUUAAGCUAAUUGUCUGUAACAUUUGAUCUCUUCAAUGCUAAGAAAUCGGUAAAAUGCUUUUUGUGAAAUUUUCAAGUAAUCGGACCGAGUUCUUUUUGAAAUUGAGAUUCAAAUAAUACUAAAGGUAUAUUUUCAUGCUGACGCUAAGUUUGAGUGUCAAAUCAGUCAACGUGGUCAGACGUGAUGCUAUCGACAAAAAAACUUAGCAGCAUCACAUCUUUGGUUUAUAUUUUCUUAUACACCUCUGUAUAUAAGUAUUUCAUUGCAUAACAGAGUGUUUUAGUAGGUAUAUUUCGAGAUAUCGACUUUCAAUAUUGUCGCGAUUGCUUGACGCUGGAUAUAAUAACUCUAUAUUUUUUAGCUAAGUGAAAUUCUAAUUUGACGCUCAAAUCCAGCGUCAAGCGUCAUGAUGAAGUUACAUCUUUAGUCAAAGCUGUCACCAAUUAAUUGUAAAUAGAUGAAAUUUUUCUGAAUAAAUUGUUACAGAGCAUUUUAUUUCAAUAUUUUAGGAAUUUAGAAAUUUUUUAAUGCAAUAAGAGAUAAGUUUGAUUUGAACCUAAUUUUUAUCCAGCGAUGUCUGUCAUUAAAGCACCUUUUAAGGGAUAAAACUGUAAAGAACAUUGUCACAUAUUUUCCUUUCGUGAAUUUCUUAAAAAAUUAAUUAAUUUAAGGGUGGGUAGGUCAAUUACUCCAUCGAGGUUUCUAGAAAUAAUAUAAUUAAAUAUUGUAAUGAUUUUCCACAGUUUGGAAGUCAAUUAUUCAAAAAAGGGAUCAAAACACGACAAUAACUUAGCGAUUUAAAUGGUGAAAACACGAUACAAGGAUAUGUAAAAAAUUUGUAACUACUUU